AUGACUGAUUGUAAUAAAAGUAAUAUGAAUAUAUCAAUGACAUUUUUAUUAUUAGGGAUUGGUCGUGCCAUAGCCAAGAAAUUAGUGGAAUGUGGCGUUGAGACGUACGCUCUCAGUAGAACAAUGGCAGAUCUCAAAGCACUUAAAUUAGAAAUAGCCUCAAUGCAUAUUUUGCAUAUUGAUUUACAAGACUGGAAUAAAACAAGAGAGGUCGUUACCAAGAUUGGACCAGUUGAUUUAAUGAUUAACAAUGCUGCUGUAUCUAGGUUGGCGAAGUUUACAGAGAUUAAACAAAAAGAUAUAGAAUAUGUUAUGAAUGUCAAUUUCAGUGCUGUCUUCAAUGUGUCACAGGUAGUAGCUAGAACAAUGAUUGAAAGAGGUGAAGGGGGAAGCAUUGUCAACAUAUCUAGUUGUGGAGCACAUGAUGCCUUAUUCGAUCAUUCAACAUACUGCUCAAGUAAAGCUGCUCUUGACAUGUUGACAAAGUGUAUGGCCUUGGAACUUGGACCUCAUGAGAAAGAAUCUGAACCAGAGCUAGAAUGCUUUAAAUCCGACUUAAUUGUCCCUGCAUCACUUAUGUCAGUUGGACUAUUUUAG